AUGACUAAGGAAAUUGAAAACCAUUCACUAAACCAGGAUUCAAUAGUGAUCUCACAGAAUAAAGGUCUUCCAGUAGAUACCCCAAUUAGUAAAAAGAAGUGUAUUAGAGCUCAAGCUACUUCUAAAAGUGAACUCUCUGACAUUGAUACAUAUAAGAGACAGUUCCAAAGGAGUGAGGAAGAACUUCAUAAAGCAAUGACUAGUUUUUUAAAUACACUAUAUGAUGAAAUAGAAAAAUCAAGAGCUCAAUUGGAAGCUUCAUGUGUGAAAUCACUAGAGUGCUAUAGUGAAGCUAUAGAAAAAUUGGAGAGAUUAAGAGAUCAAAACGAAGAGCAUAUUCAAAGGCUUCAAAAGACACAAACAAUCGUUAAGUCAUUUUCCCAAAGAAUCACUAAUAUGUAG